AUGGCUCGGGAGGAGAUGAACGCUAGAAACCGAAAGAACGAAGCGAACGAAAUGAGAAUCGAAGAUCGCAAAAACCGGCUUUCGCGUGACCGCCUCUCGGACGGCUACACAGAAGCCGCGCUGCGGCUGAAUUUCGUCUCUCCUGACGGCAAACCUUGGGAACCAGCGCCGAACACCAGGAUAUGCAGUCGCCACUUUGUGGGCAACGAGAAAAGCAAUUCGGCCAGUCACCCCGUGUAUGUUCCUACAGUCUUCUCCGCGGCCUACAACAGGCCUCUUCCGCCUGACUCUUCAAGUCACAUGGAACGGUUUCAAAGGUCUUUCCAAACGUUUAGGUGGCAGAUAAGGGGCAUGAAGCCGAGUUACUGCGCUGCUGGGAGCAACGUUCCAGACAUGCAAACUGCAUCUGAGGAAACCUCCGACGCGAGAAGCGAAAAUCCAUCAACCCACACUGAGCAACAGAAGCCUGCAGAGUGUUCCGACUACACUGGAGCUCUUGCUGACCAGACAAGAGCAGACGUACAUGGAAGCUUUCCUCCAGCAUCAACUCGCGAUGAUGAAGACUGCCCCAGACCUCUGAAAGAGGAUUUGACUUCUGCAGGUACCUCGCGACUUGAAACACCAGCCCAAACUGAUGGCCAGCAGAUGGUUACACGCGCGGUUGGACCGCACGCAAGGGCUUGCUACUUUGCUGGAUAUGCAAGCAUUGUAAGUGCCCCUGAUGCACUACGAAGUUUGUGUGGGGUGGACAGCAAUCCGUUUUCUUUAUUGCUUAGUCUUUUGCCAGCGGUCAAAGAAAGAACAACUGAUGUAACGAUUGAAAACAAACUUCUCAUGUUUCUCAUGAAAAUGAAAUUAGGAGUAUCUUUUGUGGCCAUUGGUGUCAUGUUUGGGGUUCAUGAGAGCACUGCCUGCCGUAUCUUUUAUACAGUUCUGAACACAUUGGCAGAAGUAACAAAAGAUUGGAUUUAUAAGCCCCCUACUGAAGGUAUAAAACUUUCACAGCCCGAAUGCUUCAAGAAAAAUUAUCCAGAGUGCACUUUGAUCAUUGACUGCACUAAAGUUAAAACCGAAACACCAUCCGAAGUCAGGCAGCAGCACCUGCUGUUUUCUCCAUCCAAGAGUUGCUACACACUAAAAUUUUUAGUUGGAAUUAUCCCAAAUGGAAUGAUUGUUUUUGCAUCUGAGCCUUUCGGCGGACGCUGCUCUGAUACACAAAUCACUCUUGAUUCUGUUUUUUUUUUUUCACAUCGUUGAACCGGGUGACAUGAUGUCGGCUGACAAAGGUUUUCCUGGUAUCCGUACAGAGCUUGCUCACAAAGGAGUAGUCAUGGUCAUGCCACCCUUUUCAGCUGGAAGUGGCGUCCCAUUUUCUCCUGAAGAAAUGUAGCGAACCUACAGCGUUGCAUCUGUGCGCGUUCAUGCUGAAAGGGUGAUUCAAAUAAUUAAGCAGUACGGCAUCCUGAAACAUGACAUCCCAAUUUCGCUUAUUUCGCCUAUGACGGCGGUUUUCCAUAUGUGCUGUGUUUUGGCAAAUCUUCAACCUCGCAUAAUUGCAAUGACAUCAGCACACUGACAAGAAUGUGCCCUUUUAAUUUGGAGUUCACCAGGUGUGGUCUGUUUCCCUGGAUGCGUCAAUGCAUGAGACUUACAAGCUGCUCAUAUGCUGUGAAAGACGCUGUCGUGGAGGGCUGUGGAUAAAUUUUGACCAUCUGUGGUUCUUUAAUCUGCACUGAUAUUAAAUCACAGACGGGUUUUCUUGCAUUUUGCCUGUAUUAAAAUGCACCCACAACAGCAGGGAUUCUGUUCCAGGGUCAUCCAAAUGGAAAAAAGAUGCCUGAAGAGAUAGUGUCCACAUUAUCUCUAAUGAUGCAUACUCUUUCCUUGCAUUGAUAUUAAUGUGGACAUGUAUGCUGUUGUUACUGGCGUAAUAUUAUUUUUUUUCUUCACUUGCAGUAGUAUUCUGCAUAUUUUUUGUUUUCUGCCUCCCCAAUACAAUUUCAGACAACGUCACUGCGGGUAUUAUGGUAGAUAAAUAAAUAAGCUGUGUGCAUGCGGGAAGGUAUGGCACAUUAGUACACAGCACCACAUCAACUUUGUUUUCACACUUGUCCUGGCCCAAGUUCAUCGGAUCAAACAAAAAAAGAACUAGCAGGAUUGUUCUAACUCUGUAACAUCAAUGUUUUAUCAUGAGCUGAUGCAAUGGGACAUGUUCAGUUACGGGGAAUUAAGUGGUAUGGGUGUGAGGGGGGGAGUUAGGAGACAGCCUGGGCUACCACAGCGCUCUUGACAGAUUGCAUCUCAUAUCUUCAUAUCUUUCGAGGGGUUUAAACAAAUCAUCACGCAUCUAGUUGUAGAGCUGCUCUCAAAUAAUGGUCACCUCCGUGUAGAUUUAGUGGCAGGUGACAGUGGACAUUGUAAUGUAGUUAACUCAUCAAUAUUUGUAUUCUUCACUAAAGAGCGCAUGUGAUGUCACUCUGUUGAGAACUAUUUGCAUGGUGUGUUACAGUGACAUGUGCGACAUCAGAGCAUACAUACCAGUGGGCUGUUUUAUGUGUUACCAUGGCAUGAGGUUGCAUGUUGUUCAAUCAUUGUGUCGGGUGGUCGUUGCUGUGACACCCUCGUCAUUGUGAAAGUGAGGAAAGAUUUAACAAAAGCCUACACUUCAAAACUGCAGGCAUUGCAUCUGUCUUGUAAGCUAGCUCCUGCAUAUGCACUGGCUCACUGCAAAGCAUGACCCAACAGACUGUUCCAGCAGUGAAUGUGGUAAAGUUCAACAUGUAAUAAAAUGUUUAUUUGAAAGCUUUGGCAUAUCUGUGCAACUCUUAGUGAUGCAAAACUAUAAAUAUCAUAGCACAAAUAUUUCUCACUUACCUAUACACUCGUGUAAAUACUUGGCCUUUUCACUGCACAGCACAUAUUGUUUCAACGCUAGAAAAGCCAAGCAAGGUCUGUACAAACUUACUUCAUCUUACAAGUGGUUAGCAGUGUCUUAGAAGCUACAUGUGUGAGGUGACUGCUUGCCACGAGUGUACUCUAAUCGCACACUCCUGAGCCAAGGUGACAAGUCCGCAAGCUGUUGCCAUGUGCUUGCAGUUCCCACUCCACUGCAAGCUACCUGUGAUAUAAGAGGGGAAGUGAAAAAGUAAAGGCACUAGGGUUUCAUAACACUGCUAGUAUCCAGCGCUGAAUUAGUGUCGUCUGCAACGCUUCUAUGGAACGUCUCACUCUUAUUCCCGCGUUAGUCGUUAGAGUGUAGCAGGCCGCUAAACAUGGCAGCUCCAUUUUCGGAAAGUGUGCUAGGUGGGUGCCAAGAGAAUUGUCAGCGCAACAUAAGGCACGAAGGUUGGACAUCUCUCGUAAACAUCUGGCUCGUUAUCGUCGCGAUGGAGAUGAAUUUUUACAGCGAAUUGUUACUGUAGAUGAAACUUGGGUGCAUCAUCACGAACCGGAAAGUAAAGCUGCGAGCAUGGUUUGGAAACACUCAUCACCAGAAGUUAAGAAAUUUAAACGUCAACCAUCAGCUGGUAAGAUUAUGCUUACACUAUUCUGGGACAUGGAAAGUGUGGUAGCCGUUCAUGUCAAUCCAAGAGGCGGAAGCGUGAACAGUGAGAACUGUUGUGAUGUGUUGACAACUAAACUGAAAGCUGCAAUCGGGUCAAAACGUCGUGGAAAACUGCAAAAAGGUGUCAUCCUGCAGCAAGAUAACGCUCGGCAACAUUCUGCCAAACCGACGGCCCAAACAAUAAAGGAGUUGGGAUUUAAAUUGCAGGAACACCCUCCAUACAGUCCACACCUGGCUCCAAGUGGUUUUCAUAUGGUUGGACCAUUGAAAGAAGCGCUCAGGGGAAGACGAUUCGCAAGCGAUGUGGAAGUCAUUGAUGCGGUGCAAAAUUGGUUACAGUUGCAACCAAAAAACUUCUUUUUCCGACGGAAUAAAAAAAAACUUUGGGCCAACUGCGUUGAAGUGCAGGGAGGUUAUGUAGAAAAAUAAUGUAUGUUUCAGUUUUCUAUCAUUAGAAUAAAUGUGCCUUUUCUCAAAAGUCCCUUUAUUUUUUGAAUUCCCCCUUGUAAUUAUAUGCAGCAAAGAACCUUAAACAAGGUGCUUAAUAUAGAAAUUAAAAUAAAAAUGUUCGAGCCUGGGAAAUGCCUCUGAUAAAAAGUGCUCAUCACACUCAACAACAAUUGUGAUAGUUUUCUUAGAGCUGUAAACAAAAAAAAAAAACACUGUGUUGUGUUUGUUACAUACAUUGUAAUUUGCAUUUGUGUGUAAUACUGAUGGCGCUUGUUCACUGGCAAGUGUCCAUCUCUGAACACAAUGUACUUGAUGAAGCUUGCUUCCUUAGUGUGGUCGAUAAGUACAUCGUCUUUCCGGGAGUACGGGCACUUAAUUUCCAGCAGAGUUGUCUGGUCUCCAUACUUGAAAAGUCCGUCAGGGCUGGCACACAGCCGUGGUUGCUUCAGGCGCACAAUGAGACCAACCUGCGGUCAUAUUGGUUGAGAGUUUGAAGUUGCGCAGAUUAUGCCACAUUC